AUGCAGCUUCGGACGAGUCUGUCUGUGUCUCUGCCUCUGUCUCUCCGCGCCGCACCGCACCUGCCGCGGGCAAAUCCCGUCCCUCGCGCCUUCUCGACCACUGCACCGCGGCGUGACGCGCCCGAAGUCUUCCACUCGCUGAAGGAAGGCGCGGCCGCCAGCUUCCUGCCCUCCCUCCACGAAACCCCAAAGACGCCGCAGACCCUCACCGAGAAGAUUGUGCAGCGCCAUGCCGUGGGCGUCGCCGAGGGCAAGGUGCUGCGCUCUGGCGACUAUGUCACCCUGCAGCCACACAGGUGCAUGACGCACGACAACUCGUGGCCCGUUGCCCUCAAGUUCAUGUCCAUUGGCGCAACCCGAAUCAGCGACCCAAGCCAGAUUGUCAUGACGCUUGACCACGAUGUCCAGAACAAGACGGAAAAGAACCUGAAGAAAUACAGCCAGAUCGAAGACUUUGCCAAGAAACAGGACGUCGUCUUCUAUCCAGCCGGCAGAGGCAUUGGCCAUCAGAUCAUGGUUGAGGAGGGCUACGCCUGGCCAGGAACACUAGCUGUGGCCUCGGACAGCCACUCCAACAUGUACGGCGGCAUCGGCUGCCUAGGUACCCCCGUGGUGCGAACCGACGCCGCAAGCAUCUGGGCCACAGGCAAGACAUGGUGGCAGAUCCCUCCCGUGGCCAAGGUCAACCUGAUCGGAACCAUGCCUCAGGGCGUGACUGGCAAGGAUGUCAUCGUCGCACUGGCCGGUCUGUUCAACAAGGACGAAGUCUUGAACCACGCCAUUGAGUUCACCGGCACUGACGAGACCAUUGGCAGUAUCCCCGUCGACGACCGCCUCACCAUCGCAAACAUGACAACAGAAUGGGGCGCCCUAACUGGUCUCUUCCCAAUCGACUCGGUGCUUCAUGGCUGGCUCAGGGCCAGGGCUACUCUUGCGGCCAUGGGCGAGGGGCAAGCCAAGGACCACCACCAGCAACAGUUUGUGCACGAGCGCAUCGACAAGCUGUUUACCGCCACAGGCAUGGUAGGAAAGCAACUGGGUCACAUCUUCAAACCCGCUCUCGCCGCAGACAAAGGUGCAGUCUAUGCCAAGGAGCUCUUCCUCGACCUUGCAACAUUAUCGCCAUAUGUAUCCGGACCAAAUUCUGUCAAAGUCGCUACGCCUCUGAUUGAGCUCCAAGAGCAGAACAUUCCCAUCAACAAGGCCUAUCUCGUCUCAUGUACCAACUCUCGUGCAUCGGAUAUUGCGGCGGCAGCCAGGGUUUUCAAGGAUGCCGCAGUUGCCAAUGGGGACAAGAUCCCAAAGAUUGCUGACCAUGUCAGCUUCUACAUUGCAGCAGCCUCGAUUCCCGAACAAAAGACCGCAGAGGAAGCCGGCGAUUGGCAGACGUUGUUAGAAGCCGGUGCACAACCAUUGCCAGCUGGUUGUGGCCCUUGCAUAGGACUUGGCACAGGUCUCCUCGAGCCGGGCGAGGUAGGCAUCAGCGCCAGCAAUCGCAACUUCAAGGGACGAAUGGGAUCUCCCGAUGCGAAGGCAUACCUCGCGAGUCCCGAGGUAGUCGCAGCAAGUGCUCUAUCCGGGAGCAUUUCCGGUCCUGGCCGCUACGAAGCACCAGAGGGUUACGAGGGAGUCCGCCGUGGCGAGGGUGACGGUAUCCUGGAGGAGAAUCGUAUGAUGACCAUCGAAGAUAUGCUUGAGAAGGCUAUCAAAGAUGCUGAAGCAGCUAUUGGCAGCUUUGGUGCGACAGAAUCCGAGACGCAAAGUGCUCACCCAUCUGCUGCAUCAGGUGCUGAAGUUGAGACCUUGACCGAAAUACUACCAGGCUUUCCCGAGAAGAUCCAUGGCGAAAUCGUCUUCUGCGAUGCCGACAACAUCAACACCGAUGGCAUCUACCCUGGAAAAUACACCUACCAAGACGAUGUGACCCGGGAGAAGAUGGCGGAAGUCUGCAUGGAGAACUAUGACGUAGGGUUUGGCCAGACGGCCAAGGCUGGCGAUAUUCUCGUGUCCGGUUUCAACUUUGGAUGCGGGAGUAGUCGUGAGCAAGCAGCGACUGCUAUUCUUGCCAAGGGCAUUCCACUGGUGGUCGCUGGUAGUUUCGGCAACAUCUUCAGCAGAAACAGCAUCAACAAUGCUCUCAUGGGCGUCGAAGUACCCAGGCUAACAAACCGCCUUCGCGAAGUCUUCUCGUCCGCAAACACUGCAUCGUCCCAGCAAGCCAUCAAGGAACCAUCACAGAAUCGCGAGUCUCUCGACUCCCCACCUCCAGCAGCGACAUCACAGCCCGCCGAGUCUAAGCAGUUGACCCGUAGGACUGGGUGGACGCUUGAAUGGGACAUCCGCCGCAGCACCGUUACUGUUCAAGAAGGACCAAAUGGCGAUAAGUGGAACGUCAGGGUUGGUGAACUGCCACCAAAUGUCCAGGAGAUCAUUGCUCUUGGCGGAUUGGAGAACUGGGUAAAGAAGGAGAUCACACUCGAUGCUCGUCCGCGUACGCCCACCUCGACAAUGUCUUGGUUGAAGCGAAGAGGCCCCUUGGUCGUCAUUGGCACAUCGGCCCUGGGCGGCGCAGCGUAUCGCUACUUCAAAUCUACAGACACGUCGGACGCGUCGCUCAAUCCCUACACCUUCACACCAUACACACUCGUCGAGAAGCAGACUGUGUCUCCCACAAGUGCCAUCUUCACUCUGCGCAACCGCGAUGGCAGGCCUGAGCCUGAUAGCGUCCGCGAGGUCUGGAAGCGCAGCGUGUGGAGCGUGCAGAUCAAGCAGCCUCAACUGCAGAUUGCCCGUGCCUACACACCGCUACCGCCUACCUCGGACAGUCACAUCAGGAGCCGCGAUGAGCCAGCCGACAUAAGACUGCUCAUCCGCCAGGAGCAGGGUGGUGAGGUAUCGACUUACCUACAUCAACUUCCUGCAAAUUCCAUCAUUGAGCUACGCGGCCCAAACACCGAAUUCGAGCUGCCAGCCGAUAUCAAGGAGGUCGUCUUUCUAGCUGGAGGUACAGGCAUUGCGCCAGCCAUGCAAAUUGCACAGGCACUGGGCCGAAGGACAGGUAGCAAAAUGCACAUAUUGUGGGCGAAUCGACGGCGCGAAGAAUGCCUGGGUGGUGUGAGCGACGACAAGCCCUGGCACCUACCCAGUGAAAGCCGUAAAGGCUGGUGGCAGAGUCUUUUCGGAACAACUGAGUCUGAACAGGACACAUUGGUACAUUCUCACAAUGAACAUCAGAAAGGCGCUAUCGUGCAAGAACUCGACGCGCUCAAGGAACGGGGCAAAGCGGCAACACGAGGAAUCAGUGUGCAGUAUUAUGUGGACGAAGAGAAAACAUUCAUAGAGCGGCCAGAUCUUGAAAGGACCAUUUUGCGCGCACCGGAAGAGAGAGGCUCACGUUUGAUCAUGGUCUCGGGCCCUGAUGGCUUCAUCGAGCAUUGGGCAGGCAGGAAGCAAUGGGUUGGUGGGAGAGAGACUCAAGGUCCGCUAGGCGGCGUAUUAGGCAAAAUGGACUUGCGCGAUUGGCAGGUCUUCAAGCUCAUGUCGGGCGAUCCAGAGAAGGACGUCGCGCUCGACAACGCCUCUUCGCCACCAAUCAGCGAAAAGGAUCCCAAUGCUCGACCAGAAUGCUUUAGUUCGGCACUGCAAGAGUGUCUGUUCGUCAUGCUCACGGCAGGUUCUCUUCUUUUGUUUUUCGGCUCCAUCGCAGACCUGUUUGGACGCAAGGGCAUGUUCAUUGGCUCCAUGUUCCUGUUCAGCGUCUUCUGUCUCGGCGCCGGCUUUUCUCAAAGCGGCAUUACAUUAGACAUCCUAUGUGGUGUCUUGGGUAUAUGGUCGGCUUGUGCAGUGCCGCCAGCUCAGGGUAUGCUUGGAACAAUUUACGAGAUGCCCGGUCGUAGAAAGAACUACGCAUUCGGCGCUUUCAGUGCGGGAAAUCCCUUGGGAUACGUCUUCGGGACCAUCUUAGCAGGGCUUUUCACGCAAAUUUUCAAUUGGAGGGCCGGUUUCUUCCUGUUGGCUGUUGCGUACUUUUGCACCACGAUCGUUGCCUACUUUACGGUACCGAAUGAUACCACGACAAAACAGCGCUUCAACAGUGAGACUGUCAAGAAAAUGGAUCUUCCCGGGACCGCCAUGACUAUCCUCGGCAUCGGAAUGUUCGCUGCCGCUCUUAGGUACGGAUGGAAGACCCCAUACGUGCUAGUUCUUCUGAUUCUUGGUCUUCUGCUCAUGGUCGCCUUUGUGAUCUGGGAGAUCAAGUACCCAUAUGCCAUGAUCGAUAUGGCAAUAUGGAAGGACCGAGAUUUCUCAUUGUUGUUCGUUAUCAUCGGAUUCGGCUUCAUCGGCUUUCCUGUGUUCACCUUUUGGAUUGCCUUAUACUUCCAGACUGAACUUGGUUUUAAUGCACUCAUGACUGGGGUGCAUAUGUUACCAAUGAUCGUCUGCGGCUUAGCUGCGAAUGCAUUUGCAGCUCUGGUACAACACAAAAUUUCCAACAAAUUGCUUGUAGGCAUUGGUGCCGGCGCCUUCCUCGUUUCCUUUGCGCUGGCCGCAGUGCAGAGACAUGGCGAUUCAUACUGGGCCUUCAGUUUCCCUGCUUUGUGUAUCUGUGUGAUCGGUGCAGACUUUCAAUUCAUCGUUGCAAACUCGAUCGCCGGCUCGCUACUGCAGACUCAAACGAGGAUCUGUACUGCGAUCGGAUUCGGUAUUGCGACCGCCGUAUUUGAUGCCGUUGAGAAGAGACCUUCAACUUCUGGCUACUACGCCAACAAUGCCAUUGAGCCUUUUGCAGCUGUUUUCUGGUUUACUGCUGCGUGCGCUUUCAUUGGUGCAGUCUUUGUGCCGUUCUUGAGAAUUGGCACCCAAGGGCACAAGGGAGACACUGGAAGAGUCAAAACCAAUGUUGGGGCUGGUUCCGGAGUGGCUGAUGGACAUGCAGUGUCUGUCCUUGCACGAGACAAUAGAUGA